AUGGGUGAAAGUGAAAGUUCAGACACAAGUUCACUAGAAGACUCCGUCAAUUUCGAUCUACACCCGUAUGAUCUAGAGGAUGAGCAUCGUCUGUCUCUUAAUAAGACUGAGAGUUACCACAGUCUCUAUCCUGAUCAGGCUGUUGUGAAUACCGUCUCGCAUACCGAUGACAAGGAUGGUGAUAAUCAAUGCUAUGAGGUGAGCUUGGGAGCUGGGGACAAACGCGACCCCUUGAGACUUCCCCUGUGGCGCAAAUGGCUCAUCACGAUUACCCUUGCUUUCGUUGGUCUUGAUAUUUGCCUGUUGUCGAGUUGCUGGUCUCUCGUAACACCAUUGAAGGAGAAGUACAACGUUUCGCACGAGCUAUUCGUACUAGGGGUGUCAUUUUAUAUUUUUGGCAUGGCUUGGGGACCCCUAUUUUUGUCUCCGAUUAGCGAAUUUUAUGGACGGAGAGCGACCUAUAUUUUAGGCCUCACAACUUGCAACAUCUUUCAGAUCUUGGGCUGCUUCGUUCCAAAUUAUGGGUUCAUGAUAUUUUGCCGAUUUAUGACGGGGCUUUUUGGCUCUGUGUUUUUAUCGGUUGCACCUGGUACAAUAUCCGAUAUUUUCACAAAGCAAACCAUAGGAACGCCGUUGACCGUUUACUCGCUCUGUCCGUUUUUGGGACCAAGCUUAGGUCCUUUGCUUGCGGGUAUUGUCGUUCACUUCGGUGGAGACAAGUACAUGUGGACUUUCUAUAGUCUACUGAUCUUCUCCGGUUUUCUGUGGUUGUUGGUGUUUUUGGUGGUCCCAGAGACAUAUGUUCCGAUAUUGACGAAAUGGAAGGCUCAAGAGCUCAGGAAGAGUACCGGUAAAGAAGAGCUGUUUGCUCCAAUUGAGAAGAUGCAUUCAAACAUGUUGGAGGCCAUUUUGAAGGCACCAAAACGGCCGCUGUCAGUUCUGGUAUUCGAUCCAAUGAUGACUGUCCUCUGCUUUUAUUCGGGUCUGGUCUUGGGAAUUGUCUACCUGUUCUUCUUCUCCAUACCUUACACUUUCCACAAGGUUUGGGGAUUCAAUGUUGCAGAACAGGGACUAGCAUUUCUUGGCAUGGCUAUUGGAAUGCUGGCAUCUUCUAGCAUUUCGCCAUAUUUUGCCAAACUCUACCUCAGACUAAGCAAAUUGAAAGGCAAACCUCAACCUGAAUACAGAUUCCCACCACUGAUUGUUGGCGGCUUCCUGGCCCCCAUUUCGCUAAUUACACUGGCAUUCACAACUUACAAACAGUGCCACUGGAUCGGAGCGCUCAUUGCCUCUGGCUUCUAUGGCAUGUCCACAGGGCUGAUCAUUUCCGGGAUCUUCACCUACACGGCGGACGCAUAUCAGCUGUAUGCGGCAUCUGCAGCAGCUGCGAACACGUUUACAAGAUGCUCCAUGGCCGGAAUUUUCCCGCUGUUUGGACUCCAAAUGUACGAAAAGUUAGGAGUUCAUUACGCAUGCUUGCUUUUGGGGCUCCUUGCACUUCUCCUCACCCCGGCACCUCUCUUCUUCUAUAAAUACGGAGCCAAACUUAGACAACGUUCUAGGUUUGCUUGGUCAAAUGAGUGA